AUGAAAGUAUUUGCAUGUGUAGUCCUCCUCGCCGUCGCUGCCUUCGCUGCCCCAGAAGGCAAACGUGACAAGCGUGGGUUCCUUCUUGGUGGACUCAGCAGCAGCUACGAUCUCGGACACAGCUCCUACGAUCUUGGAUUAAGUCACGGUUUCGAUGAACAUAUCAGUUACUCAGCUCCCGCCAAGAUCAUCUCCAGCCACAAAAUUGUGGAGGUCCCUAAGAUUGUGGAAGUUAAGAAGGUCGUGUCUGUGCCUAAGAUAGUGUCCGUACCCCAAAUUGUAAAGGUUUCGAAGAUAGUAGAAGACUCGCACUACGUUCCUUCCCUGUCUCAAGGCUGGUGGUGA